AUGGAACGGCCGUCAUACUUAUCUUUUAUAAAUGAACACAACUGGCGCGCCUCGGUUCGUCAGCAAAGCCAGCCGAAUCUACCCAAUUUCUUCUGCGACAUUAUGGACGAAUACGAAAAGGUCAUAAACGACAUAGAUGAACUCCGUUCCAAGUUCUACGAAACCUGGGGAAAGUACCGUGAAGAAGUGAUAUAUUCGGAUGAAGAAAGAAGAUUAUUCGAAACUACACAGGCUGUCACCCGAUCAUUGGCAAACGGUCAAAGCCCAUCAUCUAAAGAGCAUCGUAUGAUCUAUGGACGAACUCAGGGAAAAAAACCAUAUAUGGUUGUUUGUCGAAUUAUUGAAAAAGGCGAACAUGAAGAAUCAUGUUUUAUUGAAGCGAAACAUUUUUCAAUCACAAGAAAUAAACUAAAACAUUUGGUGCUCACGUUUGUGGGAUACCUCAUCUUGUGCAUGAUGGAUCUAGAGUACGACGGUAUAUACCGUUUCUUUCAGCUUUGCGAGAUUAAGCUUGCCCAAGAACUUUCCGAGUUCAAUCUUGUAAGAAGAUUAAUAGUCGAGACACACUUUCUCAAGCAUCAUAUCGAUUAUUACUAUUCCAACCGAAACAGCCAAAAUAGAUCCCCUGGAUCUCCUCUCCGAAAUAAUUUUUCUCGUAAUCCAGUAACCACGCCUCAGGCGCCCAAAG